AUGUUUGCCUAGGUUAAUCACAAUUUACUAGCCAUGCAAAAUGCAUUCAGAGAGACUACAGAUUUGAUUCAUAUAUCCAUUAAUUCGAUUAUCAAUUAAAUUGAGAUAUCUGUUACUUUGGAACUUGAUGAUUUCGAAUCAGCUUUGGGACUAUCAGAUACUUUUAUAUUGUUCAGUCACAGUUGUCACGAAAAGACCAGUGAUGAAUGUUUCAGCAGACUAUACCUAGCACUACUGCGUCACUAUGCUUAAGAGAUUUCCAAAGAUUCAGCUAAGAACAGAGGAUCUAUUCUGUGUUUUCGAUAGUAUGCCUCUGGUUAUGGUUAAAAAUUCUCAUGGAAUGGAAUUGAUUGA